GGCGGCGCGGAGCUCAGCUAGCUUGAUGCUAAUGAGAGAAGCCCACGAUCACUCGUGAAGGACGGAGAGAAAUCCGCUUGGCGCCCGGGACACUUUCCCCCGUUUUCCUUCUACCGUCUCGGCGUGGUGCGACCUUCCAGGCGAGUCAGGCUCUUGCGGGCGAUCUCGGCCAUGUCGGCACAGAGGAAAGGAGCUGCGGCGCGCCUGCCGAAAUGUGCCUUCUGCAGAACCAACCGGGACAAGGAGUGCGGCCAGCUGCUGCUGUCUGACAGCCAGAAGGUGGCAGCCCAUCAUAAGUGCAUGCUUUUCUCCUCAGCUCUGGUCACGUCGCACUCAGACAGCGAGAACAUCGGAGGCUUUUCCAUCGAGGACGUCAAGAAGGAGAUCAAGAGGGGGAAUAAGCUGAUGUGCUCUUCGUGCCACCGGCCGGGCGCCACCAUCGGCUGCGACGUGAAGACGUGCCGGAGGACGUACCACUACUACUGCGCCGUGAAGGACAAAGCUCAGAUCAAAGAGAAUCCCUCGCAGGGGAUUUACCUCGUUUACUGUCGCAAACACCGGGAUGCUUCUCAGGAUGGCGUUCGAGACGAGGAGGUGGGCGUGGCCGACGACUCGGACUCGUCGCCCCCGCAGAGCCGGGGCCGGGGCCGGAUCGAGAAGGCGCGGGCCAAGGCCGGAUCGCGCGGCCACUCAGAGGAAACCCGCUCCACCUCCUCGCAGGCCGCCGACGAGGAGAGCUCCUCCCACCGGGACAGGUCGCCUCUCCGGGCCAGCCCGGCGGACGGCGGGCAGCGCUGCGGCUUCUGCCACGCCGGCGACGAGGAGAACGAAACCAGGGGCAUGCUCCACUCGGACAACUCCAAGAAAGUGGCGGCGCACUACAAGUGCAUGCUCUUCUCUUCGGGGACGGUACAGCUGACCACGACGUCCCGGGCCGAGUUCGGGAACUUCGACGUGAAAACGGUCAUACAGGAAAUCAAGAGGGGCAAAAGAAUGAAAUGCACCCUGUGCGCCCAGCUGGGCGCCACCAUCGGCUGUGAGAUCAAGGCGUGCGUGAAGACCUACCACUAUCACUGCGGCCUGCAGGACAAAGCCAAGUACAUCGAAAACAUGGCGCGGGGAAUCUACAAGUUAUAUUGUAAGAACCACAGUGGGAACGAGGAGCGAGACGAGGAGGACGAGGAGCGGGAGAAUCGCAGUAGAGAGCGGGCGGCCAACAACCACGGAGGAACGGCGUCCACGCAAGUCAACGGGAAUUAGGUUUGGCCUGACGGGCGAGACGUGGAGGGAAAAGUGGAAGUCAGACAUGGGAGAGAUAUUUUUUAUACUAGAUCCAGGCCUCCUGGCAGAGUCACGGUCUACAAGCGAGCGCGAGCUGUUUUCCUUCCAGCGGACGGACUCGCUGUCCCAGCGUGCACCUGGCUUCUUCUCCAUGACGCCCUGUUGGAGCCUCUGUCGGACUGGCGGCGCCGGACUGCCGCAGCGCCACGUAAAGCCAUGGCUCCUGACCCUCCUGCUACCCAGGCUCCAUUUCAAACCCGCCUUGCCGGAGCGCAGCAGAUGACCGUCGCUCGCCGCCCGCGUCGCCACAGAUCCCCCGCAGCUGCUCGCCGUCGACCCAUCCUCCCUCCUCCCUCCGCCGCUCCCUCAGGACUCACUUUUCAGAGGGGUCUCUUUGUUACUAGUCUCUAUUGUGCAGUUUGAUUACCUUGUUUCUGUAAUCAUGUCUUUAAAACAAACAAAAACAAAAAAAACUUUUCAUGUUAGCGUUUCUUUCCUGAUAUGUAAUAUUUUGCUACGGUGUUAUCAUCAUGAGUACAUUUUGAAUAUCUGGAAUUCAGACAGUCACGAUUACGAGUUUUGCCAGCAUGCACUUGGACUUUCCCACUGUUUUAAAAGUGGCGUUUUUAUUUCGUUCUGUUUUUAGCAUAUGAAGGGUGAAGUAGAGCCCUUUAGAGGAGUUGGCCUGACUUUGUUUGAUGUACUGUUACUUGUAUCUCUACAAAUGUAUCCAUGAAUGAUUGGAAUAGAACAUAUUUUAUUUUACACUU